UCAAACAAAAUAACCUACAAAUUUUAUUAAAAAAAUAAAAGAUCGAAAUGUUCUGAAACAUUUUCUGUUGUGUAUAAUUAAUGAAAAGUUCUUUAAACAUGGCUUCUAUACUAAUUAAUGCUAUAAAAAGGCUACAUUUAUCUCCUCAAAUCCGCCUAUGUUCGUUGAAUUCAGCCGCCGUUACAACCACUACUGCAAAUAAAACUAUAAACAUUUUAAAAAAGGAAUGGGAGUUUCCACCGCUGUACACCAAACCCAGAGAGGUUUGGAUCGAGAAUUUGGACACUGUUGAAGAAAAAAAACUCGGCUUAAUCGAAUUACAUCCCAUGGUUUAUGCGGCUCCACCUAGGAUCGACAUAAUCCACAGCAACGUUAUAUGGCAAAGAAAAUAUAGAUGGGUUUCCUGGGCACAUACCAAGACGAGAGCUGAAGUUCGGGGUGGAGGCAAGAAACCGUGGCCACAGAAAGGGUUGGGUCGCGCCAGACAUGGCUCAAUAAGAUCACCCCUAUUUCGUGGUGGAGGUGUAGCCCAUGGUCCUCGCUCAGGCAAAUCGCACUUCUUUAUGCUGCCAUUUCAUCUUAGGCUACAUGGCUUAACUACAACACUGUCAGCCAAACUAGCUCAAGAUGAUCUCCAUAUUGUUAAAGAUUUAGAAUUGCCAACAGAUGAAUCACAGUAUUUGGUUGAUCUUAUUGAAAAUAGGAACUGGGGGCCUGCAGUUCUAAUUAUUGACGACACCGACUAUGCACCAAGGAAUAUUACGGCGGCCACAGAUAACUUGUUGCAUGUAAACAUUAUGCCAGUAUACGGACUGAAUGUAUACUCAAUGUUAAAACAUGACACUCUCGUUUUAACUCAAGCGGCUGCUGAAAAAAUUGAAGAGAAACUAUUAUAUCACUUGCACAGUGAUAAUAGAGAAAGGAUGAAGAAAUUCAAAAUAGAUCAAGUUUAGAAUUGAAAAAGUAAAUAAAAUUGAAAAUUUGUGAAAAAGUUUAAGCUAACAGAUGUACGAAAAUUAAAUAAAUGUACUUAAGUGUACAAACAGCUCUGUCCUUUACAUUAGUGUUUAAAAAAGUAGCAAGCUGAAUCUGGUGAUGAAAAGGGAAGUGAAGUAAGCAAAAUGAAGGUUCAUAAUAGAUCUUUUGUGGCACAUGUGAUGAAAAUUACAAUAUUGUAUCAUUUAGUAGAAUAUUUAGAUUUAUAUUAUAAGAGCCAAUUAAAAUUUCAAAUAAAUACA